GGCUGUUCCAUUUCCAGCAAAGAAGAAAAAAUCGUUCCGGAUUUUGCCUGUUCUAUAUCCCGACUUUUUCCAGUGGCGUGAUGUCCUGACUGGGGAACUGACCCGAGCCUUCGCGUCUUUUUUUUCGGGAAAUAUGCCAUCUAAUAGGGAGAGUCCUGAGGCCAGCGCAGCAGCAGAUGAUAAAAACAUUCAUGAACAAGGUGCGCCAGCAUUUUUCCCUUCUGCUGGCUGUGUCAUCACUGUCAUGUAAAUAUGGAAUCCAUAGGGAUGGAGCCUAGGCAGGAAGAAAACGAGAGAACGAGUUUGAAGAGAGUAAGGACGAGAAACUCGACAACAAAGUCUCUCGACAAAGACGAGAAAAAGAAAAGGAAGACACGAAAAAGAGAUUUGAGCCUUUUACCUAUGAUGCCACUCGACAUUUUAUUCACGAUCUGCAGUGUGCUUACUCCUCGCGACCUCAUCAACUUAUCGCGAGUUGACAGAAACUUUUGUCACACAUUGACAGCUCACAAUGUGUCAUUCGUUUGGAAGGCGUUCUCUUGUUUGGGAUUUCAGCGUGCGAUGUAUGUCAUGGUUUUAUUUCUUACACGGAGUCUCAACUGGUUCGCGCCCAUCAGCUCUGCAACGCAAAGAAUAUACCUGUGGGCUGGAAGUAUUGUCGUCGCAUUUGCAGGUACUGCCUCAAGUCGCAGUUACUUUGUUGCCAAGAAAUUUCCUGGUAUCGAUGCCGCCAUUCUGGAUAUGGUUCCUGUCACCUAUCCGUCUUAUGGCUCGCUCCCUUACUAUUGGAUCCCAGCUAUCCAAGAGAUUCAAGAGAAAAUUCGAAACAUUGAAGCAACUGGCAAACCUGGAGCCUCCGACCGUGUAGCUGAGUUUUGCAAAGAACGGAAGCAAGAGUUCGAAGAUAUGCUGGAGGACAACAGUCGAUGUGAGAGUUGGGCUCGCCGUUAUGUCCGAAAGCAAACUGAAGAAUCGAUGCAACUGAAAGAGAAGAGUUUUUUUUUGUAUCCUAAGUCGUACUUUGUGUACCGUAUCCUGCACGUAAACAUAUGUCCGGAUAUCCCAUUCUUCUUUGUCCCUGCUUCGUAUUUCCUUCUGCUUGAGUUGAACCUCAACUAG